AUUAGUAAUAAUAAUCUUAAAAGGUCUUUGCAUUUAAAAAAAAAAUGUGUACAUAAACGUACACAAAUAUAUGAAAAUAAAUUGAUAUUUGCAAAUUAGUAAUCAACAUUAACAAGAUGUGGGGUUCAGCUGGUAGCACCUGCUAAAUCUCAAAAGUUUUAAGUGAAUAAUAAGAAAGUGUUGCAAAUUGUGAUUUAAUCAAAAGGGAGUUAGUGGGCGGCUUUGCGACGAAACGGUGAAAAAGAUUGCGACGACAGCACUGCUGCAGCACUGCAUCAGAAUCUGCAAAAUCUUGACUGCGUUUAAUAAAAGAAUUUCGAGAUACUGUUGAAAGGAAUCUAAAACACAUUCUGUCUAAAACUACGGUUUAGACAUGCCUUUGCCAAAGCGCUCUAUUGAGCCGGUGCAUGUGGCACGUUCUGUCUACCAGCAAGAUGAACUACAAUCUGUUGAAUUGGAGACUGUAACAAAUACGACCCUAACGAAUAUUAUAAGACAAUUAUCAUCAUUAUCUAAGCAUGCGGAAGAUGUAUUUGGUGAAUUGGCCCGUGAUGUGGGCAACAUUGGUGAUAGAGCAAAUUCGCUGCAGGCACGCAUCGAUCGACUGGCUAUUAAAGUGACGCAAUUGGAUAGUACAGUUGAGGAGGUGCCACUUACCGAUAUAACACGAAAAAAGGCAUUCAAGUCAGCUAAAGUUUUUGACCAACAAAUCUUUUCACGUGCCACUAUGCCAGCACCAAUGUUAGAAACCUAUUCACAAUGUGAUAAACCGCCGCCAUUAGAUAAAUUAAAUAUUUAUCGUGAUGAUGGCAAAGAUGGGUUGAAAUUCUAUACGGAUCCAAAUUAUUUCUUUGAACUUUGGCGACAGGAAAUGCUUAAGGAUACGGAACGUGUUAUGCACGAUAAGGGUAAAAAAAUGCAUAGACCACGACAAGAUGGUACCAGUGGUAGUGGAGGCGCUGGUGGUCGAGGACAUAAAAAACGAGUACGUACACCGCACAACACACGCGAAAAGCAACGACAAAUUGCAAUCGGACAUGGUGAAACCCUAAUGCCAAACAAUGUUAUUUAUCGCACUCCUAAUUCCGUUGUAAAUGAGGAAGCAGGUUAUGGCACCCAGCUUGUCGAAAUUCACACAAUUGAUAUCGACAAUGCAACACACACUGGGAACACACUGAGCCGUAAUCGUAAGAAACCGCCAAAUGUGGUCAACGAUGAUUUUACAUGUAUGGGAGUUUAUGAAACACGACCACCUCGCCCGAAUUCCAUAGAACUCCGUCGUAGUUAUCAAUCGGAACAAAUCGAUGGAGUAUAUGGGCCGUUAACACCUCAGACAGCAGCAAAUGUUAUAGCCAAUUCUUCUGGGGGAACGCAAUAUGCAUCUGCAUACGCUAUUAAUGCUAAUGGCAUGAUGUCAGCUCAACAAUUGCAACUGCAGCACCAGGUUGCGCUGCAACAACAACAGCAACAACAACAACAAAUGUACGACGAUGCAAUGUAUCAUCAGUCACAAGGGCAUUACAGUCAAUCUGGACAAGGUCCUUUAUCGCCUGAACCAAUUUACGCUCCCGGCACACCAUCACGUACAAAGCCGCGUCCUUCACAACCACCACCUGCUCCUCCAUCAAAUGGUAGUGGAGGUGGUACUCCAAACGCUUCAACAGCCAAUACACCAACAAGAGGUCGUAGUAUGUCCACAAGUCGAGAUGCGCUACCACCACCACCACCUAUUCCUGAUGGCAUUGCAAAUACUACAUCACCAUCACAAAUGAUAGCCAUGAAUGGUGGUGGUAGUCAUAUUGCAGCAAAAUUAUUAGCACGUACGAACAGCUCUUCGAGAGCAGGCUCUCCACAGCUGGCGCCUAGUAAUAGUGUUCAAGAUGCAAAUGCACUUGUUAUGGCGCAAUUGAAUAAUACUAUCAAUAGCUUUAAUAAUAUGAACAUUGGUGGUCUUUCAGGACAAAUGAAUUCUAUCAAUGAUUUGCCACCACCACCACCUGUACCCGAUCAGCAUUCACCAAAGUUGUCGCCACCAAAUGCUGCACCACCACCGCCGCCACCUCCACCUCCACUGGAUGAAAAUGGUGGUGUACAGUUGUCACAACAGCAACCGCAUCAGAUAAUGCCGAAACCUCUUGCAAAUGGUGAUAUUCAGUUAGGACAAACAAAUGGUGUAAUGAUAGGUCAACAACAACAUAUUGUUGGCCCAAAGAAGUUACUACCUCCUUUCCAUGAUACACGUACAGAUCUUAUGAAAGCUAUACGUGAUGGCAUAACACUACGGAAAGUCGAAAAAUCGGAACAAAAGGAAAUAGAGCGUACCACAGCUUUGCAUGAUGUUGCAUCUAUAUUAGCUCGACGUGUAGCUAUUGAGCUCUCGGAAUCAGAGGACUCUGAUAGCGAAGAUGAUAGUGAAGGGUGGAUGGAACCAAAUGAGACUUCUGCUUGAUCCCUGAUAUCUUUUAUACCUGGUAAAGUGGCUGAAGUCGCUACUGCCAAAAUAAAAAAGAAAAAGUAAAAUAUAAUUUGUUGUGUGUGGUAUCGUUUACUGAAAGUCAACUAAAUUUAUAGUCAAAAUUUUGAAUUGGGUGGAUUCAAAUGCAUUUGAAAAACGUUAAAAAAAAUUUUAAAAAUUAUUUAAAAACAAUCAAAAAAUUCAUAUAAAGCAAAC